UCACACCAUCAAGGCCAGGUCGUCAGAGUCACACCCGAUGUCGGGCAGCGGGGGCAUGGAAGGAGCCAUCGAAGGAAGCAGUGGUCGACUGGCAGCACUCACGCCAGCAGCACCACCACAGAGAGGGCUACUUGACGGCUCGCUGUGACCGAGCUCGAGGUCACCAUCCGCCUCUCCCCUUCCCUCCCGCACACAUGGGCUGCCGUCUGACGCAAUGGAUGGCGUUGCUGCGGCGGCGGAUGGGAGGGGGCAAGCCGAUGCAGCAGGGGCAGCUGAUGGUGUCUUGUUCUUGUGUCGCUUCUUCUUCUUGGCCUUCUUGCCGCCCUCGCCCCCCUGCUGCCCGCCCACACCAUGCUGCGGCUGGUCCUCAUCGCUGGAGAAGUCCACCCCCAGAGCCUUGCGCGCCGCCCGAGCACGCGCCUCCGCUCGCUUCAGCCGCUCCUGUGCGACCGCGUUGUCCUUGGGCGGCUGGUCGCCUCUCUUCUUGUUUUUCUCGGCCUCGCGGGCGGCGUUCUGCUGCAUGAUGUCGUGUUUGUGGCGCAGCUCGUCGCGCUUGCUCUCGAAGCGGGUCGGCUGCCGGCCCUUGCUGGUAUGGGGGUCCUCCUGAUGCGACUCGGCGCAGCCGGACACCCCCUGCGACUCAUCAAGCACGUCUCUCAUGGCCUUGCGAAGCUUCUCGGGUACGGCUUUCUCGAGACGAGCUGAAUGAAGCGAAGGAAAGGCGGCCAGCGGUGUGUUCGUAUGUCUUUGGUGUCGGUAUGCCUACCGAUCUCCUCGACCAGCGUGGCUUUGGCCGCGGUGUUCUUGCCGAUCUGCUCCGUGAGGCUGGUGAUCUGGCUGUCGAUGCUGUCGAUGUCGGCAUCGGCGGCGGCCGGCUUGUUCCUCUGGGCCUCGAGGUCGUUGAGCUUGGUCUGAAGCGUCGCCUGCAGCUUCGCAAUGACGGCAAACCGCUUGAGCAUCUCAUUCAAAGCCUGUAAUGCAUCUCGUCGGGGCACCAACCUGACGGCCUCUGCAGAACGAACCACAGCAACGAGGCUAUGCAUCCACUCUAGAUGGAUUCCGGCCCCACCGGUCCCUAACUUACCAGCAAGGUCAGAGUGUGCUGUAUCGACAUGCUCUUGAGUGAUGCUGUUGAUGGCAGGGGCGUCCUUGAGAGCCUCGAGUUCAUCUACACACUCGUGAUACUUGGGCAGGUCAGCCGCCGUCACAGAGAAGGGGUUCUGGAAGCCAAAUGUCGAAUCGGGGCCGCGCUUGUAGCAGAAUAGGCUGCUGACGUACAGCAGCAGCAAUAAGGGGGCCUUGCUGGCGAGGGUGUUCCACCACGUGGAGGGGGCGAGAGCGUCGUAGGAGCUCGCCAAGACCCCACACAGGUGCUGGGGGAGACGCGACGAGGGGCCGACAUAUCGCUCAUCAGGGACGAAUUUGGAAUCUGUACAGAUAGGAGGCAGGUGGGCACGGGGAAGUGCUGCCGGUAGCUUCGCUAGUUGGCUCACGUGUGAAGAUGACUGGCUGUUCGUAGGCGUAUUUCUUGUUGGUGGCUUCGAUAACAUUAAUGACCGCGACAGGAGACCGAGGGCUGGCGACAUUGGCGGCGACAGGACGGGUGGCGACAUUGGCGAAAGGCACAUCUGCAUCGGUCCACAGGCACAACCAAGUAGUCGCACGAGCUGCCAUGCCCUCUCUGCACAUUCACGUACCACUGAGGCUCAGGACGAAUGGCGGUUUGCGUCUGGCCUCUUUCUCCUUGGCCUGCAGCCCCUCCUCCCUCCUCUGCCGUGCCGCCAUCCGUCGGUCCUCCUCAGCUGCGUCAGCCGCCGGCGGCAGGCGAGCGUCAUCGGCGGCCCACUGACGCUCCUUGACAGCACGCGCGGCUUGCAGCUCACUCUCACGCUCAUCAUCUCCCUUGGUGACGGCCCCAUGCACCAAUGACGCAAAGUCGCCACUCGACAGGAACUGCUGGCUGAAGAAAUUGCCCAGCGCAACCCGUGCUGAGGAACAAACAAAUGGAGCAGAUUCAUGUACGCGACGGUUGCUUGGUGGCUUCGUACAUCGCAGAGUGAGGUACGAUGGUGUGAGGUCCUUCAAUGCGAAUUGGAGGAAGGACUCAGUGGCGUUUGCGGUGGCAGGCAGAUCCAGGAACCUGGAGGGACACACCGUCAGCUACAUGCACACUCGCAGACACACGGGGGUAUGUGGCCUACUUACUUGAGAGUGCGUCCAUUGGGGUUGGUCUUGAGGCCAGCCGUCGCGGCCGACAUGACUAUGUCCUCAACGACGGGCAGCGUCAACUUGCCAACCGAACGAAACGAUAGACAGAUCCCCUCGCACGCAAUGGUGCCGAAGAGGCGCUCCAGCACUCUCUGCCGACAUCAGAGAUGCCACCAGAAAAGGGUGUCAUCAAGGCCACCUCGCUGUGGCCAGUACUUUUCACCUGCAAUUGGUAGUACCGAUCGGCCUCGCCCUCAGACUUGGUCAACGCGAUAUUUGACAGACUCAGAGCUUCAAACGACCUGCCACAGAGGCCCUGCAGGCGAUACGACGUACACAAGCCCUAAUCAAUACGAUGGAAUCUCCUUGUUUUUUCGACGCACCUCGAGCAAGUUUAGACAAGAAUUGAACGACAUUCGACAUAGAGAGAUUGUCAUCCUUCUGUACACACCCAACGGCCUCAGUGAAUGCUCCGUUGUCUCAUUCCCUGUCCUGCGCCCAUACCUGAGUGUCGUGAAGGGUCUUUCUUUCUUGUCGUCCCCCGAGUCGGCCGUCUGCCUCUCUUCUGUCGUCUCCUGACGAUCCUCCUUGGGGUCCGCCGGCACGGCUGCCGACGUUGUGCUGGGGACGCGGGUGAUGUCACGCGAUGGUGACGAUGGCGGCGGGGAUGCACUCUCACUAAUGCUGCCUUUGCCGUCUCCUUCUGGCUGGUCCUUGAGCAGAGUGGCCAGCCGGUCGGCGAAGGCAGGGCUCAUAUUGGCAUUAAGCAUGAAUAGCCCAAGAAGAGAGGGCAGGCGGCCGAUGGCGUCGGCGAGUUGGGCGCACUCGUCAUCAGGCAACUGAGUCAAAUCCACACCUGAGCGGCACACACACCUUGACAUUUACCGGCAACCUUCGUGUUCUCUUGUGACCGGCUUACCGAUCAGCCUGAGCGUCAUGAGUCUGUCGGCCCUCUGGAGGAAGCCGAUGAGGUCGCUGAUGUCAUCGGAGGUCGGCGACCACUCCCAGUGGAUCGACAAGCCCAACAUCAUGUCGGGUGAAUACCUGACAGCAAGAAUCAAGCCGUGGACACAAGUGAACUGCUGUCCAUCAUCUCUUUACAUCAACCUACCUGGCCAGUGCCGCUGCCAGCCGAUUUUUCUUGCUCACUGUGAUCGAUGCAUCUGGCGCCAGCAGCUCGCGAUUGGCACACGAUGAGAUGCAGCCAGUCGAACGGACGGGACACAGCCUAAACCCAGCCAGCACGAAGUGGUCAUGGAGUGCAGGUUCGUCUGUCUGUGUGUGAAUGACUGUUUACGCGUCUAGCAGACUUCGACAUGAGACCGCCAGCAUAGCGACUUGUGCGACAGCGAAGUGCGACGGCCCAGGAAGCUGGUAGAUGGUGUGGAGGACUCGCUUGUCCACCCAACAACGCACCAUGCAAUUCUGAUAGACACGCAGAAGAGAUGUGAGGGGUCGAUCGUAUAUGGUCGCCCCCCACCUGCUUCUUCUCCUGUCGUGCAGCCUCUCUCUGCGGGUCGUGGUACGAUGAGGCCCACCGAUCGAUCGCCAGCUGCUUCAAAGAACACACACACACACACAGUGGCAGGCAGUGAUUGAUCGUUGCACGGGAGUGCGGCAGACCUUGCGAUGGCGAAACUUGGCGAAGAAAUCCAAAACCUGCAGCCAUAGGUGCACACAGGUGUACAAGUUUGUGGGUUUGUGUGUUUUUGACACUUCACUCACCUCCUGUAUGAGGCUGUCUUGUGACGCCGCCGUGGGCGGCCCAGACAGGGCAUGGAUGUUCACCUGCAAAUGAAGGGCGUCACUCACAGCAAGAGACACACACAUCGAUGUCGCCGCGGAUUCGGCCAUCUUUUGACCUUCCGGACCUGCAGAAUCCGUUCGACUAUCGGGUUGUCUUUGCUCUUGCCACUCGUCACCUGCCGAUCCCAAUAGCUGCACACAUGAAGACAAUUCACUCGGUGCACUCAAGACACGAAGGACAGACGCACCGGGCAAGGCUGUCCAGGACGCCCAGCAUCAUUCUGACGUCGUUGCCGCCACUAGCGAAGGCUGCAGGUUGUGAAACGCCCAGCCUCACAGCCCUCGACAGCAGGGAGCACAUGAGCUCGGCCAGACCCUCACACGAAGCAUACUGAAGACAAGUGAAGACAGGAUUACUGAGUCUCCAUACACACAUGUCGUAUACAUUGAUGUGUUGGCUGACUGACCGUCUCUCUAUCGAUAAGCAGAUCGAUCAGAUAGAUGGAUUUCGAUACGAUAGAUCGGUAGAUAUAUCGUCCAUGGCUUGCAUCGUUGGCAAAUCUGCUGCUCUGCAGGAUGCUCACAGCUGCCGAGAGGAAGCCCGCAUGCGCAACACGCUCGCAGUAGCCACAUUCUGAGGAAAGACAUGCGCACACAAGACAUCAAUAAGCGGCAUGGACCAUGCACCAUUGCUCACCAGCCAUUGCCACUGGCACGUUUAGACAGAGCAAGACGAUCAAAUCCGGCCACUCACAGGCGGCGUGGUCCUUCAGCAUUGUGGCUAUCUUGCCCAGGGCAGCGGGGCUCGCUGACACACCACGGCAUAUAGACGCCAACACACCUGCAUCCACACGCAUACCCACACACGCAGUACUAAUCUUACGAACCAACGAGCUCUCUCGGCAUCCACGUGUCCCACACCUGGCUCAGAGGGGGAGCCGCGGCGGGCGUGUGCGCAGAUGAUGCCUACUAGCCGCGAUGCCCUCAACAUAGCCGCUUGAUCAGUGCUGGUGACCAGUGUCUCGACGAGCGCAUCAAUGUGGCAGAACAAUGCUGCUGAAACGCCCCCACAUCCUUAGCCGUUGCUGAACGACGCACCGAAGACACACAGAUACGUGGAAAGAUGACAGCAACUUUUGCCGGCACCUUGAAGUCUGCUGGUGAGAAUCACUACCACAUCUACCCCGAAGACCUCGUCCGAUAGUGUCAGCCUCCCCACGGUCCCCUCCACCAAGACACCAAACAGCGGCAGCCACUCAACGCCAAAGGGAUACCCAGCCUCAUUGAGCCGCUUAAGAAAGCGGGCUGCCGCAGACUGAUGUGAUGGCUUGCUGCUGUCAUUGAAAAUGGCGACAAUGCAGCUGACGAGGCCCAAAGACCCCCGCUCUCGGUGAGCCUUGUCCUUCUUGGCCAGCGAACCCACGAGUCCCUUGACCGCCGGGUCGUUAUCCGGCAGCGAGGUCGUGAGUUUCUCCAAGUGGCUCACGAAGGGGUCGAUGUCAUGAGCCAGCAGGGCAUCAGCAGCGAGGGACAUGAUGGCAACAGCAUCAGAGCCCGACGUCUGGCCCUGCCGCGAGCCGGCCGCGUGCUGCUGGUCGGGUGUGAUGGGGGAGAGGGUGGAGGGAGGAAAUGGGCGAGAGGGACCCGCUGGUUGGCGACCCACUGAUGCAGCUGCUGCGGCGACUGGCGACGGGUCGAUGGAGCGAGUGAGGUUAGCGACCUGCUGCUGCUGGGCGCAUACGGAGAUGCCGAAAGCAGUGGAGGGCUGACGGCUGCCGUCCUGACAAUCACACCCACAAAUCUCACAUAUGCACACACCUCCCUCGUGUCUGUCUGUCUGUCUGUCUGUCUGUCUGUGCAUGUGUGUCCGUACCGAUAUGGCGUCCGCAGUGAUGUCACCCUCUCCGGACCCACCGCCGUGCCCCGCGCCUCCCAUCAGCGCCGAGCCCCCUUCCUGCUGCUGCAUGGGGACGCCGCCCACAACUGAUGUGUCGGCUGCUGGUGAGGCGAUGGGGAUGAGCUGCAUGGCCUGAUCCUGGGGGACGGAUGGCUGCUGCUCAUUCAGAUGUUUGUCGAUGGCCUCACUAGAGAUCGGCGAGCGCUGGAUCCCGUUGGAUGGCGAGCCCGCAGGCAAUUUCUCCAUUAGCUGUUGAGAGUUAGCUUCGUUGCUGUCAGUCGCAG